AUGACACUGUCUCAACACGUUGCCCGAUUUCGGAAGAGACGGGCUUGUGCCCAACCUCUGCCUACAGACGUAGCGCCGUACACGUCCUCAACCUUCUUCAAGGCCAAGGAGUCCGGGGUCAAGAAUAAGGCACGGAGAUGGAAUCACCGCUUCAGUAUCGAGAGCGCCCGUCACGAAUCGUCGCCUCUGAAGUCCGCCUCCAGGAGCAAGCAGACGAAGCUCAUCAGCCUCGGGACUGCCCGUCCAACACCCGAGUACUACCCAUGGACAUCGAUUCACCUGGAAAGCCUCGACGUGCCCCUGAACGGUACAUCAGCGGCUGGUCAAUCAGCCAUGUCUUGCACCAAGGGAGAAGCCGCGUACGAUUUCUCCGUGGCCAUGAACUACGGCUACUCUGCAGGCUCUCCGCAGCUGCUGAGAUUCGUCACCGAGCACGUGGAGAUGAUACAUAACCCGCCCUAUGACGACUGGGAAACCUGCCUCACCUGCGGCACCACUUCCGCACUAGAAAUCGCCUUUCGGAUGUUCUGCAACAGCGGCGACACAGUCCUCGUGGAGCAGAGCACGUAUCCCGGCACAAUUGCGGCCAUGCGGGGUCAGGGACUCGGGACUCUCGGCAUAAAGAUGGACGCCUUUGGCCUCGUGCCGAGCGAUCUCGAACAGAAGCUCGGGGCCUGGGAUUGCGCCGCGGGGCCCAAGCCGUUUGUCCUCUACAUGAUUCCUACCGGCCAAAACCCGACCGGCACGACGCAAAGCGCAGCUCGAAGGAGACAAAUCUAUCACAUUGCUGAAAAGCAUGAUCUGUACAUCAUCGAGGAUGACCCCUACUACUUUCUUCAAAUGGGCAGUGAUUGCUCCGAGUCGCGAGGGAUACCGCAGCUAGACGACUACAUGGCACAGCUGCCACCAUCCUAUCUAUCGCUGGACGUGAGCGGCCGCGUGCUCCGCAUGGACACCGCUUCCAAGAUCCUCGCCCCGGGCCUCCGGUGCGGCUGGGUCACCGGCUCCUCGCAAGUCGUGGACAAGUUCAUCGCCUACUCGGAGACCAGCGUCCUGUCGCCCAGCGGGCCGUCGCAGGUCAUGAUGCACAAGCUCCUGGACCAGUCCACGACGGUUUCGUCGCGUGGCUGGCCUCCCUGUCGCGGAAAUAUCGCACAAGGCGGGACGCGGCGCUCGGAGCGCUUGAGAGAUUUCUCCUCCCCGCGGGGGCGUGCAGCUGGGACGUGCCCGAGUCGGGAAUGUUCCUGUGGGUGGUGGUCGACCUCGGGGCAAAUAGCCCGCAGUUUCAUCGCGCGAGGACCAAAUCGGACCAUCUGGAACGCUGUUUAG